UUGAAAAUCACUUGAAUUGAUUGUUAAGUGAUGUUUUUAUAAGUUUUUAGUUAUUUGAUUAUUAUUGGCAUAGUUAUUAGGUGUGAUUAUUUUGUACAUUAAAAUAAUUUUCACUUUCAAUUCCUGUCUUGUUAAUUUCUAAGUAAAUAUUUUUUUUACUCCCGAAUCUUUCCCGGUUUUUCAUUACAAUCCAUUAUUUCAACUCACGCAUCAUUAUUUUAACCAUUAAAUACCAUUUUAGCAGUAUAUCAGCCUUAAAUCGGUGACAUUACAACUAAUACUGUGAAAUUCCAUUUAAUCAACGAUAAAUAUAACUCUGUAAUAAAAUUUAAACCUGUAAUAAAAGACUAGCAAAAGAUAAAUAAUAGUUGAGAAUGGCGAAGAAGAAUGUAGUAACUGAGGAUUUGGUGGAUUAUGAAGAGGAGGAGGGUGAGACCAAGGUAUCGACCAAGGAUGUGAUAAAGUCAGCUGCCGGUAAGAAAUCUAAGACCGAUGGUACUAUGGGUCGCGGCAGUUACGUCGCAAUCCAUGCGAGUGGUUUCCGUGACUUUUUUCUGAAACCUGAGAUUCUUCGCGCCAUUUCAGAUGCCGGCUUCGAACACCCAUCUGAGGUUCAGCAUGAGACAAUUCCUCAUGCAAUUACCGGCGUUGACAUCCUAUGCCAGGCCAAAAGUGGUAUGGGUAAAACUGCAGUGUUUGUUCUUAGCAUCUUACAGCAGUUAGACGUCGAGGCUGAGGAGGGCAAAAGGGACGCUGAGGACAACGUGAAGCCUGUUUGUAGAGUUAGUUGUAUUGGUAUUAGUCACACGAGGGAGUUGGCAUUUCAAAUUAAAAACGAGUUUGACCGUUUCAGCAAGUAUUUACCUCAGGUGCGCUGUGAAGUAGUUUAUGGUGGUGUACCUAUACAAAAGGAUGUUGCCAUGCUUAAGGAUCCUGCUAAGACUCCUCACAUUCUCGUCGGCACUCCCGGCAGAUUAUUAGCUCUUGUUAAGGCUAAGCAUCUUAAUAUGGACUCCGUGAAGCACUUUGUUCUUGACGAGUGUGAUAAGUGCCUUGAAAAACUCGACAUGCGUCAGGACGUUCAGAGCAUCUUCCUUUCCACUCCCAAGAAGAAACAAGUCAUGUUCUUCAGCGCCACUAUGAACAACGACAUCAGGGAACUUUGCAAAAGGUUCAUGCAAUCCCCUGUUGAGGUUUUCGUCGAUGAUGAAUCUAAACUUACUCUUCACGGAUUGUUACAGUAUUACGUCAAACUGGCUGAAAGUGACAAGAAUAGAAAGCUUAAUGAUCUACUUGACACUCUCGAGUUCAAUCAAGUUAUCAUCUUCGUUAAAUCUGUUUCAAGAGCUGUUACUCUCAAUAAUUUACUCACCGAGUGCAACUUCCCCUCUAUCGCUAUUCAUGCAGGACUUGACCAGAGUGAGAGAAUUAACAGGUAUACCCAGUUUAAGAACUUUGAUAAGAGGAUAAUGGUGGCGACAGACUUGUUUGGUAGAGGAAUAGAUGUGGAGCGUGUAAACAUAGUUAUUAACUACGACAUGCCAGACAGCACCGACUCCUAUUUACACAGAGUUGGACGCGCCGGGCGUUUCGGAACCAAAGGACUGGCAAUUACCUUCGUUUCAUCUCCUGAGGACUCGUCGCAACUUGAAGAUGUGCAGAAACGCUUCGAAGUUAAUAUUUCCGAAAUUCCAGCCACCAUCGACACUUCACUCUACCUCAACCAAUAACCUAUUCAACUCUUGAUUACAAAAUUUUAACUAUAAGCUGUUAAAUUAAUAGUAUAAUAUUGUCUCCGUCCAA